AUGGUUUCGGAAUUGUCAAAGUCAGCAACAUUUCAUAAUUUCUGUGGCCAGUCAGAAGUGCCCUCGCCGCUCCCAUCUCGGAUAUCUGCAAAUUCAAAUUCGUUCUCUUCCUGGAUUCAGUUGUUCAGUUUACGUAAGCGGCGUUCGGCCGCUGGACGACAAACAGUGAUAAGGCCGUCUGUCUCACUUUCUGUUGUUGAUGAGACGAGAGCACUCGGUUCCGACGGUGAGAGCAUUGAGGUUUCACCGUGUAGCAGCGACCAGUGCACCAAUCCAUCGUCGGAACGCUAUGUGGUCAAUGUUAAAAUGCGACAAAAACCAACACGUCGGUGGAGUGAGCAAGAUAUACAAAAGCGCCUCUCCCUUCCGGCCGAUUUGAGACUACCGCUGAGUGUGAUUGAAAAGCUCAAUCGCACGCCAACAUUGGACCAGCCACUAACACGGAAGAAUCGUCGUGCGUCUCUUAGUGAAAUUGGUUUUGGGAAGUUGGAAACAUACGAAAAAUUGGAAAAGCUGGGUGAAGGAACUUACGCGACGGUUUAUAAAGGAAGAUCACGACUGACCGAGAAAUAUGUUGCACUUAAGGUGAUCGCCAGUUAUGGCUUUGGCCUGGAUCAAGAGAUACGCUUGGAACUGGAGGAAGGAGCACCGUGCACAGCAAUCCGAGAAGUUUCCAUCCUAAGGGACCUGCGCCAUGCGAAUAUUGUUACGCUGCAUGAUAUCAUUCAUACCGAGAGAAUUCUCACUCUUGUGUUUGAAUAUGUGGAUCGGGAUCUGAAGCAAUAUCUGGAUGCAUGCCAGGAUGCCAUGUGCAUGCGAAAUGUUCGACUGUUUUUGGUGCAGCUGCUUAGAGGGCUGAAUUACUGCCACCAGCGGCGUGUUCUGCAUCGUGAUCUAAAGCCGCAGAAUUUACUCAUCAACGAAAAGGGCGAACUCAAACUUGCUGAUUUUGGUUUAGCGCGAGCAAAAUCGGUGCCUACGAAAACCUAUUCAAACGAGGUAGUAACAUUGUGGUAUCGCCCUCCGGACGUUCUGCUCGGCUCCACCGAUUAUUCGACGCAUAUUGACAUGUGGGGCGUUGGAUGCAUCCUUUUUGAGAUGAUUGCUGGGCAUGCGUUGUUUCCUGGAUCGGCAGUUGAGGAGCAACUUCUUUUAAUUUUUCAUAUGCUUGGUACACCAUCGUCAACUACCCAUCCUUCAAUAUGUAACUCAGCAACAUUUCGCAUGUGCAAGUUCCCUCAGUAUCGGCCGAGUAAUUUGCAAAAUGCAUGCCCAAGGAUAGACAAUCACGCCGCGGACCUCUUACAUCGCCUACUCCAGUAUGAGGGUCGAAAGCGACUGGCUGCGAUAGAUGCUUUGCAACAUCCAUUUCUACAGAGCUUACCCAAAGCAAUCUUUACGCUUUCGGAUUGCGAAUCGGUGAUGUCAGUACCAGGCGUGAAAUUGGUCAAGGAUCCGGUCCUGUCCAGUCGUGGGGCCAGUAAGAACAGCCGCUCAAAUCGACGUCAGAGCUUACUUCUUUGA